AUGCUCAGUCGCAAUUUUGUGUUCCGUCGUAAGAAUCUUGAUUCGUUCUUGUCUCCACAAUGCCAGAAACUUAUCGACGACCUAAGAUCUUGCAGAGAUAUCGUCCAAGUUUCUCGAAUUCAUGGCUACAUGUUGAAAACGGGAAUCGACAAAGACGAUUUCGCAGUGAGCAAGCUACUUGCUUUCUCCUCUCUACUAGACAUUCGAUACGCUUCGUCGAUCUUCGAGCAUGUUUCCAACACUAAUCUCUUUAUGUUCAACACAAUGCUCAGAGGUUACUCGAUGAGUGAUGAGCCGAAGCGAGCCUUUCGUGUUUUUAACCAAUUGAGAGCUAAAGGUUUGGCCUUGGACCGUUUCUCCUUUAUCACGACUCUUAAAUCAUCUUCUCGUGAAUUGUGUAGUCCAAUUGGUGAGGGAGUGCAUGGGAUCGUUUUGAGAUCUGGGUUCAUGGGUUUUACUGAUUUGAGGAAUGCUCUUCUUCACUUUUACUGUGUUUGCGGGAGGAUCAAUGAUGCUCGGAAAGUGUUCGAUGAAAUGCCGCAUAGUGUUGAUGCUGUUUCGUUUAGUACUUUGAUGAAUGGGUAUCUUCACGUUUCUAAGCAAGCGUUGGUUUUGGAUUUGUUCAGGGUUAUGCGGAAAAAUGAGGUGACCGUUAUUGUCAGUACGCUGCUUAGCUUUCUUUUGGCUACUGGUGAUCUAGGAGACUUGUCUGGAGCAGAAUCUGCUCAUGGGUUAUGUAUCAAGACUGGCCUUGAUUUUGACUUGCAUUUGGUCGCAGCUUUGAUUGGUAUGUACGCCAAAAUUGGGGAUAUUGGUUCAGCACGCAGGAUCUUUGAUUGGGCCAUCCGAAAGGACGUUGUUACAUGGAAUUGUAUGAUUGACCAGUAUGCCAAAAUGGGUUUCCUUGAAGAGUGUUUAUGGCUACUAAGGGAGAUGAAGUAUGAAAGAAUGAAACCUAAUUCAUCUACAUUUGUUGGGCUCUUGUCUUCCUGUGCAAACAAUGAAGCAGCAUGCGUAGGACGGAGGGUUGGUGACUUAGUGGAAGAGGAAAGAAUAGCUCUGGAUGCAAUACUCGGAACCACACUCGUUGAUAUGUAUGCAAAACUUGGAAUGCUUGACAAAGCUGUUGACAUCUUUGAUAGAAUGAAGGAUAAGGAUGUAAAGUCCUGGACCGCAAUGAUCUCGGGUUACGGAGCUCAUGGACUAGCAAGAGAAGCAAUAACACUAUUCAAUAAGAUGGAGGAAGAGAACAGCAAAGUGAGACCCAAUGAGAUUACCUUCUUGGUUGUGUUGAAUGCUUGUAGCCAUGGUGGGUUGGUAAUGGAAGGAGUCAGAUGCUUUAAGAGGAUGGUUGAGGCGUAUCGCUUCACGCCCAAAAUUGAACAUUAUAGUUGUGUAAUUGAUCUUUUGGGUCGAGCGGGGCAGUUAGAGGAAUCAUUCAAGUUAAUAAGGAAUUUACCUAUCACAAGUGAUUCAACAGCUUGGCGUGCUCUGCUAGCUGCUUGUAGAGUCUAUGGGAAUGCAGAUUUGGGGGAAAUUGUGAUGAUGAGAUUGGCUGAAAUGAAUGAGAUACAUCCGGCUGAUACGAUUCUUCUUGCUGGGACACAUGCUGUUGCAGGGAAUUCACAAGGUCAACAAAAAUCAUUAGAUAAUGAGUUGUUUAAAGAGAAAAAAGAAGCUGGAUACAGCGCCAUUGAAAUAGAAUAG